UCCAAUUUUUGAAAAAUGUGUAUUUCACAACUGUAUUAUCUGAAGCAUCAUAGAUCAGUUGGUUUUUAUGACAUCAACCUCAUGUUCUCCAUUGCAGGUCAGUUCCUACUAGAGGAAUCCCGUCUGAUUGAAGCUGCUGAGAUGGCAAAGAAGGCAGCUGAACUUGAUAAUACAGAAUUUGAUGUUGUUUUCAAUGCUGCCCAUAUGCUCAGACAAGCCAGUCUUAAUGAAGAAGCUGAGAAGUAUUAUGAAUUGGCAGCAGGAUUAAGACCUAAUUAUCCAGCUGCCUUAAUGAAUCUCGGAGCCAUUCUCCAUCUGAAUGGUAAACUGAAAGAGGCUGAAGAAAACUACCUCCUUGCUCUUCAACUUAAACCUGAUGAUGUCAUCACUCAGUCCAAUCUUCGCAAAUUGUGGAACAUCAUGGAGAAACAAGGUUUAAAGACAUCCAAGACAUGAUGUGGAAAACUCUAAGCUUUUUUCUUAAAUUGGUUUAUAACUAGAAUUUUCAUAUGGUUGUCUGAACAGCGAACUCAUCAGACUUGGCUGCAAGGAUCGGAAGUCUUGAUUGCUGCUAGGAGAAGCUAUUCUGCUUUUUGCCUUUUUUGUUGUUACUAUUAGAUUAAAAAAAAGAAAAACAAAACAAACAAACAAAAAAACAGAAAGGGAGAUGGAAAUAUUCAUGAAGGACUUCAAUGUUAGCCUACAAAAAGAUUUAGAAUCACAGAACUUGAAAGAGGGUGUCCUGGCAUAUUUGAAAAAUCAUUGCAAACUCCGUAUUGCUCACUUCUGUGAAACGUAUACUGUCCUAGAAACACUAAUGGAAAUUUGUGCAGUAUACACUAAAUCAUAUGGGAGUAAAAGUGGGUAAUAAUAACUCAUUAAAAUACUGUAACUCAUUAAAAUGUAUACUAAAUCUGGCGUGUUUGCAGUUUGUCUUAAUGCUGCUGUAUCUCACUUUAAAGACCACUUGUUUACCAAUUCACAGCUUAUAAGGCCAAUUUUUAUUUUUCUAAAACCUAUUGUUUGUGUUUAGAUGGUAGCAUUCAAAUUUUUUUUUACUGCAAAUAUGCAUAUUAUUUCAACUUAUUUUAAGUUUUGUUGCAAAAUACAUGGUGAAAUGGCUGUGGGCUUGACAGAAUGAGCAAGAAAUUGCCAAAUCCUACAUCACACAUGUAUGCAGAAUCUAAAAAAAAGAAAAAGACGUGAUGUCGCAGUACAAGUGAGACUGAUGUUUGCCCUGGUAUCAAGUGAAUGUGGUCAGAAUGUCAUCUUAAGAAAAAAAAGACUGACUGGAUUCUGCAUCCAGUAUUUUUGCAAUAACUCAUCCAAGUGAGAUUUGAAAAUAUUAGUUUGUGCAUAUUCUACACAGGCUUCAUGAGCAACUCAGUGAGAAGGGAAUGUUACACAUUGGUGGGGCUAGAAAAUAGCUCAAGGGAAUGGAUUAGAUUAUAUCCAAAACAUCAUAGAUAAAGAUAAAUGUGUAACUGGUUGCCAGUUACUUUUCGUAGUGACAAUGUUUUAAAAACAUAUUACCUAUUCAGAUUCUAACCAAAUAUUAGAAUUCUGUUUGUAUUCUGACAUGUACUAGCAGCAGAGCUGUCAAAUAUCUAAGUAUGCGUCUGAUGAGGUUCUGCUUAUUCCUGAUUCAGAACGAUUUGACCUAAUUACUGUUUUAUUCUUCAGUUUAUAAAUGUACGAAUAACUUAAAAUUGCAGUGUAUUGAAGAUUCAGUCCUUUUUUUCCAGGCCGUUUGUUAACUUCUCUCUUUCUUUGGAAUAAGUAUUAUUGCUUUUAUGGAAAUGUACUAUUUCAUUUAAUGACCUGUUGAUAUCUGCUUCAAUGUUCAUUUCAUAAUGGUAGACGUAAUGUUAAAGUGGUAGAGCACCUUGAACUGAAGCUUUUUCAGGAUCUUCUGUUAAAACCUCAUUAUUACUGAGGAAAUUUUGUUGUUCUUUGUUCGGUUUUUUCUUCCUAACUGUUAAGCACCAUUCCAACAAAACAAUAGAGAAGAAUACUUUGCUGUAUUUAUUUAUUUAUUACUCGACUACAGCAAUGUUACCUGCUAUUAACACAAUAGUCUUUUAGUUUUUGUGGGUUUUUUUUGUUUGUUUUUUGUUUUGUUUUUAAUUUGGCUUUCCUGGCAUUUUUUGUGUGGUUAGUGUAUUUACCUUAUUGGGAAAGAGGACACUUUUCUCUACCAUCUCAAUCAUUCUCCCAUUAUAUUUGGAUUUUAAAUAUGUACUGAAACAGAUUGAGGAAUAGCUGUUUCAGUCACUAUAGUAAAAAUGCAGUAGUAUGUGUUUUCUUUUCUUUUCACUUGCUCACUAAAGUAUCAUAUUGCUAUGCUCACAAGUGGCCUACCAUAAGGGCCAGAGGGGCAAGGUUGUUUAGUUUUGUCGAAUGUAUCAAGUUUUUCUCAAAUAAUGUUAUGGCUGGAAAAGCAAAAUGGAAGGGUCAAAAGUUGAAUUUGUACUUUAUCGUUGAAACCAGUGGUAGAACACAAUAGUAGCUUGAACUUAUUUUCCUGCUUUACUGACUUUCUGGAAAAUGUAUAGAACUCAGUAUAAAACUGUACUCAACAUCCAUCAAACUCUGAUGGCUUCUUGGUCUUAACCAUUCACUAUGUUAUAUGUUUCCUUCAACUUGUACUCAUUCCUGUUUAUUAACUUUUUUUCAUUGCACAAAAUAGGGAAGGGGGGAGCACUCGUAUGAUGCAGUGUCAUGCUUGCAUUGAUAACUCUUAUUUGUUUCCUUAAGAAAAAAAAAAAGAAAAAAAAAGAGAAAAAA